ACGACGUUUUAAUCCAUUUCUAUUAUCACAUCCGUAUUUUAUCAACGGCCAAUGUAAAUAAAGACGAGUUCAAAUCCGAGGACGCUAUAUAUAUAUUUAUUCAGUCAGUCGGGUGAUUAUUCAGAAGGAAAGGUUAUGAGAAAGUGCCAAAAGAACAAAAUGAAUGCUUUUAUAUUUGCUGUUUUAAUGACACUGGUGUGUGUGAAUUUUGCAACUGGUGAUCUUACAGUCGUCAACUCUGUAUCCGGUCCGAUUAAAGGACUAAAGACACAAAAUAAACAAACAGGAAAGGACGUAUAUGAAUUUCGUGGAAUUCCGUUUGGAAAACCCCCCAUAGGUCCAUUGAGAUUCAAAAAACCAGAACCGGCCGAUAAAUGGACGGAUACAUUAGAUGCAACAGAAUUUGGAGCUGCAUGUCCACAGUCCACCCCAGAUAUGAUGUUAGAUUUUAAGCCGCCAAAAAUGUCCGAGGACUGUUUAUUCUUAAACGUAUAUGUCCCAACCCAUGUUGACAAAAACAGAAUAUUGCCAGUUAUGGUGUGGAUAUAUGGUGGUGGGUUAGUUGUGGGCUUUUCCAACCAGUAUGAUGGAGGAUGGAUUGCCACGCAAGGAGAUGUGAUAGUAGUGACUAUAAAUUAUAGAUUGGAUAUAUUUGGUUUCUUUAAAGUUAACCACCCAUCUUCCAAGGGAAACUAUGGUCUAUGGGACCAAAAGCUUGCACUGCAAUGGGUACACGACAACAUUGCAUCAUUUGGAGGGGAUCCGGAGUCUGUUACAAUAUUUGGAGAAUCAGCAGGGGGUUGGAGUGUAUCUUUUCAAUCACUGAUACCGCAGAAUAAAGGGCUUUUCCAGAGAGCAAUAUCACAAAGUGGUGUAGUCAAUGACUUAACUAUGUUAACUAAGAAGCAAAUAAAUGAAAGGACCAUUGAUCUUGCAAAGAAAACCUCCUGUCCGAUCAACGACAUGUAUAAAUUUACGGACUGCCUUCGUGACAAAGACGUAAGUGAGCUUUUGAAGGCCACCGAUAUGUUUAGUUUUAUGCCCGAGGACAGAAUGGAAGUUUUUCAACCGCAAUAUCUUCCAGUUGUAGACGGUGAAUUAUUUCAGGAUCACCCCCUGCGAAGUUUAAAGGAUAAAAAGUCGGAUGUUGCCCAAUUUUUCGGGUCUUUGGACUUUAUCGCAGGUUUUACAUCAAAUGAAGGUCUUAUGAUUGGAAUGGAAAUACCUCCAAAAGUCCAAGAACACUUUGAUUUCAAUGCUACUGAAAGUAUUCCACUGAGAUUUAUUUGUAAGGGAAUGAUUGAUCCUUUUGUAGAAAAAUUUUACAAGAACGAUUCUGAUGUAAAAGAAAAGCUGUGUAAAUUUUACACAACAGAGAACUCUCCUGAUGAACAGAGUAUGAGAGCAAAUGAUUUUAUGGCUGAUUGCAUGUUUGGACAUACCGUCAAAAGAAUGCUUAAUUAUCAUGCAUCUUUUGGAGGAAGGACAUACCAGUAUCUCUUUUCGAAAGAAAAACCCUUUAUGGGCGAUGCACCGAAGUGGGGUAAGGGAUCUGGCCAUGGAGAAGAACUACAGUUCAUGUUUGAUGCAGAAGUAUUAUUGCCGUCUUUUAAUGUUAGUUUAGAUACUCUAGAAGAUCAACUUUUCGCUAAUGCGCUAAUUGGAUAUUGGACAUCCUUCGCCAGAAAAGGAGAACCGGAAGGAGCAGUUGUAUGGAAACCAUUUGACACAACGUCGAAGUAUUAUUUGGACCUGGAUACGGUCACAACACUGAAGAGUGAUUUAAAACCGGAAGUGAUGAAUUUUUGGUUGAAAGACAUGCCACCAAUAGAACUAGAUCCAGUUGAUGAUAUGAAUGUACACGACGAAUUAUGAUCUAUUUCCUGUUUUCUUCUUCUUCUUUUUUUAUAUCUAUGUAACACUUACGUGCAUGAAUUUCUGUGUCGUUUGGUCUCUCGUUGAGAGUUGUCUCAUUGGCAAUCAUACCACAUAGUCUUAUUUUUAUAUGAAUGUUUUUUUAAUUUAAAAAGUACAAAAACAAAAUCUUAAUGACAAAUGCUUCAUCUCGCUCAAACUUCUUGAGAAAAAAGGAAGAAUGUUUCGUGAUAAUGGAUUGGUGUUUGACGUCUAGUAGCAAAUAUUGCAUGCAUAUAUCGAGACUCAAGAACGGUAAGAGGAUGGUGGACAGAUUGACAUAUUUUUUAUAAAGUAGAGAUGACAAAUUUCUGAAUGUGUGAAAAGAAAUAAAGAAGUAAAAAAAAAAUAUUACUGGAAAGGCUAGUCAACAAUCAAAAACGGAUCUUUCUUUAUUUUUCUUGUAAAUAUUUUUGUAUUGAUAUUCACAUAAGUGUGAGAAUAUUUGUUUUCCUUUAGUCGGGCAAUAUUAAAUGUACAGUUACUUAACUGGUAGUUAUAUAAACGAGCCUGCAUAAUUUUGUAAGUUUCGAAAGGAACAUAUUGAAGGUUUUGUUAGUAUUUUAGAUUAAAAUUAUCCCAGUUGUUGAUUAAACUUAAAACGUUUGUACAUACACUUGCAAAACAACCAAAUCAAAUAUCAACAAAAAUAGAAUGUUCCUCAAUCCAGAAAAAAAGAGUACCCACGAAAAUAAACGAAUAGACGAAACUGUCCUCAUUAUUGUCUAGACUAGAUCUGAUUCAAUAGUUUUUUAAACUGCCAUGACUCCCAUGAGUAACUAAAUGUGUGUCAAAUGUGGAGCAGAAAAUGCAGACAUUCAAAGGGCAUCAAAGGUUUGUUAGUUUUUUGUUUGUUUGUUUGUUUGUUUUUUCUUUUUCUUUGUUAGAGAGAGGUGUCAUGUUGUUACGUCUUAUGUUAUCUGUGUUAUGUGUUUAUAAAUAUAAUCUUUUGUCCCAUUGAAUUAAUGUAACCAUUCAUUUGUCUUGUCUAUUUCUUUUGACAUAGAGUUCAUAAAUGACGCCUUAUUAUGGUAUUUUUUACUUUGUUCGCCAUUUCGAAAGAAACAAUGAGCGGCUCGAUUCCUCACAAUCUUGAUUUGUUUUUUUUUCACGAAAACUAGUAAUUACGAUGCGGAAUUUUCAAAAUUUGAACUAGUUACCCGUCUUUUUUUUUUAUCAUUUUGGUCAUUUAUUUAGAUAUUCAUGGAUACUUGAAUUUUGAUUUAUGUUUACUCCACUUUUUAAAGUGAUUUUAUUCCUCGUCAUUACAUUAGAAACCUUUAAAGUAAUCGGAACCUAAAAAGUUUACCCUGCCCCUUUCCUUCCCUUUAUAUAUAUCAGUUAAUUUAAGUUGUUGUAGUGUUUGCAUUUAUUUAGUUUCUUGUGUGGCGAAUAUAUAAUUUGUAGCCCUCCGGCACAUAUAGUUUCCUUGCUUAUAACUUUCUUUGUAUUGGCAUUUGUAUUUGUUCUUUAUAUUUAUGUAAUGACAUGUAUAUUAAAUGUUUUAUGUUUUCAGCCAAA